AUUAAAUAUCAAAUACAAUAAAUUAACCAAACCCUACCAUACGGUAUAUUUUUCAUAAUAUAUAUAUACCACCACCACCUGUAGAAAAAACCAAAGAAAAAACAGUAACACAACCUUUGCUCUAGUCUACUUCCAUGGCGGAACGAGACUCAAAGGCGGCAAAAACAACAACAACACCAAUUAUAUCAGUGGCCGACGACGACAUUGACAGAAUCAGCAGCUUACCGGACUGUUUACUCUGCCACAUCCUCUCCUUCCUCCCAACCCCAACCCCCGUGAUUGUCGCCACCACCAGCGUCCUAUCUCGCCGGUGGCGGAACGUCUGGAAGGAUAUGGAAGUCUUCAAGUUCCAACAGAAAAAAAAAUCGCAGAAGUCGUUAUUUUAUUCUGUUAAAUCUGUCCUGGCCCUCCGCAGACCAGGCCGUAUUCGAAAGUUUCGCCUCCAAAGUGACUUCAGCGAAGCAAACUUAGUAACUGUCAAGAACUGGAUCAACGCCGCCAUGGGGCCACAACUCGAAGAACUGCACCUUCUCCUCUCAAGAGAAAAUAAUGAUAAUCUUCCAUUGGCUCCCACUUUAUUGAUCAGGAACAGUAUCGCGGCUCUCUCACGUGAAUCGUACCUCUUUUUUCCAUCGCUGAAGUCUCUGUCUCUGAAUCUCGGAUCUACUCGGAAUGUGGAUGUUCUUCUCUCUCGAUGUCCCGUUCUUGAAACUCUGAAUCUUAAGCUCUUCAUCUCCACGUGUCCUGAUCUGCGCGUGCAAAAACUUCGCGUGGCUUCUUCUUCCUUGAAGAGUCUUACCAUCACCGCUUUGAGUAACUAUGUAAUUGAGGGAUUUGAGUUAGACGCGCCGUCUCUUGAAAAUCUUAGUCUGUUAUUCAACAGAGAGUUGGAGGGGUUUUCUGUUCGUAAUUUGCACAGCGUGAGAAGCGCGUCUCUUGAUUUUUGUGAUACAGCUGGUGGUUAUUCUGUGAUCGAGCUUGCCAUGAAAAUACUUGAAAAGUGUCGUGUUCUUAAAGAUCUUACAGUUCACAGGAGAAAGCAUGCAUAUUCGAAGAGAUGGACAGAGCCGAUCGAAGUUCCCAGUUCUCUGGUGUCACACUUGGAAAACUUUACAUUUUUAUUGUUAGAUCAAUUUAAAGAAGACCGAGAAUUUAUUACUUAUAUUCUACAGAAAGGGUUAGUUUUAAAGUCAGUUAUUGGAUACAAUACUGAUUGUAAUUCAUUACUAUCUCUCUUUCCAGGUGGAUCUAAGAAGUGUCAAUUUAACUAUGUCCAUCCUUAUUAUCAAGGUUGUAAUUUAACGUGGAAACUCAUCAGGUGUGUUAACUUUAUGUAAAGUUAAUAACUGAGAGGCAUCAGAUCAGAUGAAAAUUUAGUUAAAUCAUUUAACGAUUUCAAUUAUCAACUUUAUA